AUGGGCUCGGAAACUCCAGUCAACCAUGAGAAGCCACGUUGUCCUUAUAUCGCCGGCUUCAAACUCGCAGUUCAGCCGUACACUCCUCUCCCUCCAUUCGGCGGCCAGGCUUAUAGGGGGGUUUCUGGUCCCAAGGCCUUUGAAUGCCAUGCCGAUAUUCAAAAGCACUCGCAAACUCGAUUUUGCAUCAAAGGUCUCGAGCCCGAUGGACUGCCAGGUUCCUCAUCCUCCCCUGAGCUUUCGAGUUCAGGACCAUAUUUGGUCAUCGAUUCGGUGAUCCGCGGCGGCGAUGGCGUUGGGCCUCAAAUUGUAGCAUGCCACUGGGACAACGACCUCAACACCAUAUGCUACGUCGCCAAAAUCUACGACCCCUUAUACUACAACUACUGGAGUACAGAUAUUGGCCUGCUCACAGACGUUGUCUGGUCUGCAGCACGUGACCACAGCGUUGAGGCUGCUGCUUAUGAGGACCUCCAGGCAUACGAGACACGCCAUGAGAAAGAAAGCAUCAGAGGAUGUCACUUAGAAUACUUUGGGUCCUUCUCUUUCAAGAUCAAGCUCGUUGUUGAUGGUGUCACCUACACCAGGACUGUACCAUUGAUUCUCAUGGAGUUUCUCAAUGGGUUAACAACCAUGGAGGAGUUGAUUGACAGCAAGCAGGUGCCCGCCUCAGACGACGCCCGCGUUUACUCGUAUGUGUGCGCUGUAAAGUCAUACCUGAAGCUCAAGACAGCAGGGGUAUCACAAGACGACUUUUCACCACGCAACAUUCUGUUUGUUGGGAACAUGGAAAGCCCGUUACUACGAGCUGUGAUAUUCGACUUUAACACCGCAAGAGUAUUCUCACGAACGAGCCCACCAAGGCCACCGCCCAAUAUUGAUGGGAUUACCUUUGCUGCAGACCCAGGCUCACAAAGAGACUUUCAGGACUGGCUUCCAGAAUGGUUUUAUACCGACAGAGACAAACGUGAAACUGCAUUCCAUUUGAGCCCUCCGUACCAGCCGCUAAAAAUGAAGGUUCCUGUGGCACAUGGUGCCACAAGCACUGGCCACGCACAUUAUCAAAGAAUGCUGCGCCAACAUUUCUUAUCGUGUUUCCAGCCAAAGCAACAGCCAAGAGUCAGCAAGAGACUGCUGGGAGGAUUACGUGGAUUUCCCAGACUGAAGCCUACUCCGACCAUGCUCGUGACUUCCGACGACGGAAAAGAGCCACGAAGCAGGAUGGCGCUUCGAAGGCCACGUCUAUGGCGCAUCAUCAAAAUCGCCUUCUUCCUGACGACCCUCCACUUCCUCUACCGAGCCUUCACCUCCUACUACAUUACGAACGAUACAAUAUGCCGCCCCCACGGCUGGAAACCCUUUUCCCGAUUAUCCCGCUCGGCCCCUCCCCGAAAAGUUUACGAUUUGACCAUGAUCAACACCGAGCUCGACUGGCUGGAGAUAAGACUAAACAGCACAUGGAACGAGGUCGACUAUUUUGUCGUCGUCGAGUCACCCCGAACCUUUACUAACCUGCCCAAGCCCCUCCACCUCAAAACCGCCCUCGCCAACCCCUCCAGCUCGAUGGCGAGGUACAAGUCCAAGAUUAUCUACCAUGAAAUAACCUACCCGGAGGACUUUGCCCCAAAAUCAACCUGGAACAUUGAAGACUUUCAACGGAACGCCAUGUUGACGCAAGUCUUCCCCUCCCUCUCCGGCCCCUUUUUCCCCAAUCUUCACGACGUCCUAGUCAUCGCAGAUAUUGACGAAAUCGCCCGCCCGUCCACCCUCUCCGUGCUUCGGCAGUGCUCCUUCCCCCGCCGGUUGACCCUCUCCUCGAGGUUUUACUACUACAGCUUCCAAUACCUCCACGUGGGCGAGGAAUGGCCCCACCCCCAGGCAACGUACUACCUAGGAGCCAACACGCUCCUACCAAAUGAUCUAAGGGUGGGGGAUGGGCCGUGGUGGCGGAAAUACUGGGAGAUGGGUAGGCUCAAGAACGCGGCCUGGCAUUGUAGCAGUUGUUUUGAGACUAUGGGAGAGAUGUUGACGAAGAUGAAGAGUUUUUCGCAUGCGGGGAUGAAUCAGGAUGUUUUUAGGGAUAGGCAGAGGAUGGUGGAGCGGGUGAGGAUGGGAAAAGAUUUGUGGGAUAGGGUGGGGGAGGAGUAUGAACGGGUGGAGGGGAAUGAGGACUUGCCUGGGUUGUUGAGACGGGAAAAGGAGAGGUUUGGGUAUAUGCUUGAUCGGGAUGGGGAGGGGGCUGGGUUUAGGGAUUGGGGGGAAGGGUGA